CCGCGAGGGCAAGGGCCAGUACCUGGAAAUGCCUCUACCGCUGCUGCCGAUGGAUCUGAAAGGAGAGCCUGGCCCCCCUGGGAAACCCGGACCUCGGGGGCCCCCUGGUCCUCCUGGCUUCCCAGGCAAACCAGGCACUGGGAAGCCGGGGCUACAUGGGCAGCCUGGCCCUGCCGGCCCCCCAGGCUUCUCCCGGAUGGGCAAGGCUGGUCCCCCAGGGCUCCCGGGCAAGGCUGGGCCACCAGGACAGCCAGGGCUUCGGGGGGAGCCAGGGAUACGAGGGGACCAGGGCCUCCGAGGCCCCCCAGGGCCCCCUGGCCUCCCUGGACCCUCAGGCAUUGCUGUUCCUGGGAAACCAGGCCCUCAGGGGGUCCCAGGGCCCCCAGGAUUUGGGGGGGAGCCAGGGCCCCAGGGGGAACCUGGGCCCCCAGGUGAUCGAGGUCUCAAGGGGGAUAAUGGGGUGGGCCAGCCAGGGUUGCCUGGGGCCCCAGGGCAGGGGGGUGCCCCUGGACCCCCUGGCCUCCCUGGCCCAGCUGGCUUGGGCAAACCAGGUUUGGAUGGGCUUCCUGGGGCCCCUGGAGAUAAGGGCGCGUCUGGCCCUCCCGGGGUGCCAGGACCCAGGGGGGAGCCAGGGGCAUUGGGCCCAAAAGGGCCCCCUGGGAUGGAUGGUAUGGGGAUUCCAGGGUCAGCAGGGGUACCAGGGCCACAGGGCCCAGCAGGGGCCAAAGGGGAACCAGGGACCCGGGGUCCCCCUGGUCUGAUAGGCCCCACUGGCUAUGGGAUGCCAGGAUUGCCAGGCCCCAAGGGGGACAAGGGCCAAGCUGGAGUCCCAGGGCUCUUGGGGGACAGGGGUGAACCAGGUGAGGAUGGGGAACCAGGGGAACAGGGCCCACAAGGCCUUGGGGGGCCCCCUGGACUUCCAGGGUCUGCAGGGCUCCCUGGAAGACGUGGGUUCCCUGGGCCUAAGGGGGAGGUAGGGCCUGGAGGACCCCCAGGAUUGCCUGGCAUUCGGGGUGACCAGGGGCCCAAUGGGCUGGCUGGGAAACCUGGGCUCCCAGGAGAGAGAGGGCUUCCAGGGGCCCAUGGACCUCCUGGACCGACUGGGCCCAAGGGCGAACAGGGUUUCACAGGUCGCCCUGGGGGACCAGGGGUGGCAGGAGCCCUGGGACAGAAGGGUGACUUGGGGCUCCCUGGGCAGCCUGGCCUGAGAGGCCCCUCAGGAAUACCAGGACUCCAGGGCCCAGCUGGCCCAAUCGGGCCACAGGGUCUGCCAGGCCUAAAGGGUGAACCAGGCCUGCCAGGGCCCCCUGGAGAGGGGAAAGUGGGGGAGCCUGGUGUGGCUGGGCCAACAGGCCCCCCUGGGGUCCCAGGUUCCCCAGGACUCACAGGCCCUCCUGGGCCUCCGGGGCCUCCUGGCCCCCCUGGCGCCCCGGGGGCCUUCGAUGAGACUGGCAUCGCGGGUCUGCACCUGCCCAAUGGUGGCGUGGAGGGCGCCGUGCUGGGCAAGGGCGGCAAGCCGCAGUUUGGGCUGGGAGAGCUGUCGGCCCACGCCACGCCUGCCUUCACCGCGGUGCUCACCUCACCCUUUCCUGCCUCCGGCAUGCCUGUUAAGUUUGACCGGACUCUCUACAACGGCCACAGUGGCUACAACCCGGCUACCGGCAUCUUCACCUGCCCCGUGGGUGGGGUCUACUACUUUGCCUACCACGUGCAUGUCAAGGGCACCAAUGUGUGGGUGGCCCUGUACAAGAACAACGUGCCCGCCACCUACACCUACGACGAGUACAAGAAAGGCUACCUGGACCAGGCCUCUGGCGGCGCCGUGCUCCAGCUGCGGCCCAACGACCAGGUGUGGGUGCAGAUGCCCUCGGACCAGGCCAACGGCCUCUACUCCACCGAGUACAUCCACUCCUCCUUUUCAGGGUUCUUGCUCUGCCCCACAUAACCCACGGGCGCUGCUGCCCUGGCCUCCUCCUCUGUAGUGGUAGAGAGAAUUCUCAGUUACAAAGAACCUGCAUUUAAAGAAAAAACCAAAGGCUGAACAGAGGUGGGCACAGAGGCGGCCAUGCCUCGGCCUGGGCCUCGGCCGGAGGAGGCUGACUUGGUUUCUCCCUCCGUGCAGGCCGAGGUGGCUUCUGGAAGAGGCUGGCCUGAGCUCCUCCUCUCCCCCCAGUGUCUGUGCAGUGUCGGGGUUGGGACCCCAUUCCUGCCCUGCCUGGCCUGCAGGCAGGGCCCCAGGACACAGUCCAGCGGUGGGAGGCCUUGCCCCCCCCCCCGAGUCCUGGGCUCUCCUGGGUGGUGAAACGCUGCUUCUCUGUGCAUCAGAGCUGAGGGGACUGAGCUCCCCAUCCAUCCCCUCGGGGGGACACAUUCCCAAGCCCUGCCCUUCCUGCUGGCCCCCAGAUGGUACCUGCUCAAGGAAAGGGGCACGGCCACUCUGUUAUUGGCCGGGGCUCUUCCAGCUCCCUGGGACCUCCAGCAUAUGAUGGUGGGUCCCCUGAAGAGUCUGUUUCCCUCCAGGGGUAAGGGAAGGAGGAGGCCGUGCGGACCCCCAGCCAGGACUGCAAUCCCAGGGCUGAUGCUGUGGCAUCAGGCAUGUAGAGGUGUGGCCCCUUCUGCAGGCUCCUGGGAAGGGCCAUCCCCCUCUCACGGUGCCAGCCGCAGCCAUGGGAGAUGGUGGUUUGUGAGGGGUGGGGCAUGGGCUGGGACAGGAUGGCAAGCCUUCGCAUGCCUUUCCAUCUCCUGGGCUGCCCCCACCAGCUCUGGCUCUGUUCAGCGAGAGGGCCGGUGCCAGGGCCGGUGCCCAGGUCCAUAGGGAGGGGCACAGGCAGUCCUUUCGCCUCCUGGGGGGAGGGCUGAUUUUCUCACAAAAUUGUAAGGGAUCCUUGCCACCCUCCCAACCCAAGUGACCCCAAAGCAUAGCCUCUCGUUUAGCCCUCGGAACAAGGUGCACACAAGCUCAGGCAUGAAGACUCCGCCUGCUUUUCCUUAAUCAAAACCACAUGUAUGUGUGUGUCCACUAAAGGGGUUAAUCUGCGGGGGCUUCCUCUCCUCCCACCUCUGGUUCCAAUUUCCUGUUCUAAGCAGGAUUAGGGCCCAGGACGCUGAGGCUCUGGGAAAAGGGGUGCCAACAGGCCCCUUUGGAAUGAGUUGGCUCUGGAUGUUUCUGCCGAUUUCCCCAGUCAGAGCUCCCCUGCAGGAAACAGGCAGGAUCCCGUCCCUCCCCACAGCGCCUAGUUCGAGCUGAGCGGGUAAAGCUGGGAUUCGUGCUGGGCCAGGGAAGGUGGACACUUGCCCAUGCAGGGAUAGCCACUCUCCCGGUGGCGUGGGGCCUCUCCAUCAGCCCUCCCCAAGCCAGCCCCCACCCCCGCCCCCCCAAGUGUGAGCCUGGGUCAGCCAUCGUGACCUGGUUGCACUGCUGGGCCUGGCGGGGCCCGAACGUCCGUGUUGAGAACGGAGGGUGACGGCUGACUUGACUCGCUGAGCUGUGGCUCCCGCAGGCCCCUCACCAGUCCUCUUCCCACCAACUUUUUCCAACAAAGCCGACCAUGUGACUCUCAUGCUAACUUUCAAAAGGAAAAAGGAAAACCAAACCUGCCCACGUGACACUUUAACAGGUUUUGGCGGGGCUCACAGCGGGGUUCUCACUCCCCAACACCCAGGAGAGCCAUCUCAAACCGGACCUGGUGGGCCUUCUGCUCAGCCCCUUUCUGGUCACAGCCACCAUCGGACCGUUGGGGAGGGCUUCCCACGGGCAGAAAUGCCACAGCUCCCAGUGAGAACCCGGGCUCGCAGGAGGAUCCGGGGGAGCCCAAAAGGCUGUUUCACAAGAGUUUCUGCUCAAAGUCACUCCUGACGCCUUCGAAAGGGGUGGCCGGUGCUUCCAAGUGUUAUGUCCCAGGUGCUGUCUACUUAACUGGCUAGCUUUGAUAAAUGAUGUCAGAUUUUAACAAUGAAAA